AUGAAAAGCCAAGGAGUGACAGAAGAGAGGCUCAGUGUCCUAGGGCCCCGGCUGAGCCCAGCUUCCGAGGUGUCCCCACCAAGGUACAGCCACGAUUAUUUCCCUGCGGUGGAGGCCGCCAUCGACCACCGGGUCAACGCGCGCCUGCGCGCCUCCCACACCCAGCUCUCUCUGGCCUUCUGUUUCCACCGAGACCACGUGGCUCUGGAGGCCGUGGACCACUUCUUGGGCAAGUUGGUGGGGGAGAAACGCGAGGCUGCAGAGGGUCUCUUGCAGAUGCAAAACCGGCGUGGCUGCCGCACACACUUCCAGGACACACAGAAGCCGUCCCAAGAUGAACACCAUCUCUGUGACUUCCUGGAGAGCCACUUCCUGGAUAAGGAGGUGAAACUCAUCAGGAAGAAGGGCGACCACCUGACUAACCUCCGCAGGCUGGCCGGCUCCCAGGUUGGGCUGGACAAGCAUCUCUUUGAAAGGAUCACCCUCCACAACGACUAG